AUGGGGUGCUCCAAUGUUCUGUCCGGUGGCGCGGAGGGUUUCAUCACAUGCGUCAACUUCUUUCUUGAAGCGGUUGUUUUGUACAGAGCGAGGCGGACUCCGGAGUCAGACAAAUUCGCAGAGGUGUCUACGGUUUUGCAUCUAGCUGUCAGCGUCUCUCCGAGAAAAAGUGCUUCCAUUUAG